UGGUGAUGUCCUUCAUCCACUCUGGACUCACUGAAGGUACUGAUGCAGAGAUGAUGACAGAUGAUGAAGACAAGACAAACUCAUCCACUCUACCUACAUCUACACUGACUGUAACACCAAACUCUGUAUUCACUGGAGAGACAGUCAGUCUGACGUGUGUGAUUGAGUCUCACGGUGACUGGAGAUAUGAGUGGUAUAAAGGCCGCACUGAAGUGUCUAAGCUUUACACUGUAAAUGGCAACACUCUCACUAUUAAACAAUCUAAAACAUCUGAUGCGGGUCAGUACACAUGUAAAGGACACAUAGAUGCAAGAUCAGUCUCAUCACAUUCAAGCUUUGCUGUUUCUCUCACUGUGAAGGCUUUACCCACAUCUAUACUGACUGUAACACCAAACUCUGUAUUCACUGGAGAGACAGUCAAUAUGACGUGUGUGAUUAAGUCUCACGGUGACUGGAGAUAUGAGUGGUAUAAAGGCCGCACAGAAGUGUCUGAGGUUUACACUGUAAAUGGAAACACUCUCACUAUUGAACAAUCUAAAACAUCUGAUGCGGGUCAGUACACAUGUAAAGGACACAUAGAUGCAAGAUCAGUCUCAUCACAUUCAAGCUCUGCUGUUUCUCUCACUGUGAAGGCUUUACCCACAUCUACACUGACUGUAACACCAAACUCUGUAUUCACUGGAGAGACAGUCAAUCUGACGUGUGUGAUCAAGUCUCACGGUGACUGGAGAUAUGAGUGGUAUAAAGGCCGCACUGAAGUGUCUGAGGUGUACACUGUAAAUGGCAACACUCUCACUAUUGAACAGUCUAAAACAUCUGAUGCGGGUCAGUACACAUGUAAAGGACACAUAGAUGCAAGAUCAGUCUCAUCACAAUCAAGCUCUGCUGUUUCUCUCACUGUGAAGGCUUUACCCACAUCUACACUGACUGUAACACCAAACUCUGUAUUCACUGGAGAGACAGUCAAUCUGACGUGUGUGAUCAAGUCUCACGGUGACUGGAGAUAUGAGUGGUAUAAAGGCCGCACUGAAGUGUCUGAGGUUUACACUGUAAAUGGCAACACUCUCACUAUUGAACAGUCUAAAACAUCUGAUGCGGGUCAGUACACAUGUAAAGGACACAUAGAUGCAAGAUCAGUCUCAUCACAAUCAAGCUCUGCUGUUUCUCUCACUGUGAAGGAUUUACCCACAUCUACACUGACUGUGAAUCCAAACUCUGUAUUCACUGGAGAGACAGUCAAUCUGAAGUGUGUGAUUGAGUCUCAUUACAGUAACUGGAGAUAUGAGUGGUAUAAAGGCAGCACUAAAGUGUCUGAGUAUUACACUGUAAACAGAGACACUUUCACUAUCAGAGGAGUUAAAAAGUCUGAUUCGGGUCAGUACACAUGUAAAGGACAGAGAGAUGGAAGACCAAAAUCAUCACAAUCAAGCUCUGCUGUUUCUCUCACUGUGAUGGAUUUACCCACAUCUACCCUGACUAUGAAUCCAAACAGUGUGUUCACUGGAGAGACAGUCAGUAUGAAAUGUGUGAUAAGCUCUGAUCACAGUAACUGGAGAUAUGAGUGGUAUAAAGGCGACGCUAAAGUUUCUGAACGUUACACUGUAAACACUCUCACUAUUGAACAAUCUAAAACAUCUGAUGCGGGUCAGUACACGUGUAAAGGACACAUAGAUGCAAGAUCAGUCUCAUCACAUUCAAGCUCUGCUGUUUCUCUCACUGUGACGGAUUUACCCACAUCUACACUGACUGUGACACCAGACAGUCCUGUAUUCACUGGAGAGACAGUCAAUCUGAAGUGUGAAAUAAAGUCUGAUCACAGUGACUGGAGAUAUGAGUGGUAUAAAGGCAACAGAGACAAGCCAGUAUCACAGACAUCUGAUCGUUACGCUGUACAUGGAGACAGUCUCAGUAUUGUAAAGGCUAUUUCAACUGAUGCGGGUCAGUACUGGUGUAAAGGACAGAGAGAUGGAAGACCACAAUCAUCACAUUUUAGCUCUGCUGUUGAUCUCACUGUGAAGGAUUUACCCACAUCUACACUGACUGUGAAUCCAAACUCUGUAUUCACUGGAGAGACAGUCAAUCUGAAGUGUGUGAUUGAGUCUCAUUACAGUAACUGGAGAUAUGAGUGGUAUAAAGGCCGCACUAAAGUGUCUGAGUAUUACACUGUAAACAGAGACACUUUCACUAUCAGAGGAGUUAAAAAGUCUGAUUCAGGUCAGUACACAUGUAAAGGACAGAGAGAUGGAAGACCAAACUCAUCACAAUCAAGCUCUGCUGUUUCUCUCACUGUGAUGGAUUUACCCACAUCUACACUGACUGUGACACCAGACAGUCCUGUAUUCACUGGAGAGACAGUCAAUCUGAAGUGUGAAAUAAAGUCUGAUCACAGUGACUGGAGAUAUGAGUGGUAUAAAGGCAACAGAGACAAGCCAGUAUCACAGACAUCUGAUCGUUACGCUGUACAUGGAGACAGUCUCAGUAUUGUAAAGGCUAUUUCAACUGAUGCGGGUCAGUACUGGUGUAAAGGACAGAGAGAUGGAAGACCACAAUCAUCACAUUUUAGCUCUGCUGUUGAUCUCACUGUGAAGGAUUUACCCACAUCUACACUGACUGUGACACCAGACCGUCUUGUAUUCACUGGAGAGACAGUCACUCUGACGUGUGUGAUUGAGUCUUACAGUGAGUGGAGAUAUGAGUGGUAUAAAGGCACAGACAGUGCAAUGUUACACACGUCUGAUCGUUACACUGUAAACAAAAACACUCUCACUAUCAGAGGAGCUACUGAGUCUGAUCAGGGUCAGUACUGGUGUAGAGGACAGAGAGAUAAAAGACCACAAUCAUCACAGUCAAGACCUGCUGUUGCUCUCAGUGUGAAGGAUUUACCCACAUCUACACUGACUGUGACACCAGACAGUCCUGUAUUCAUUGGAGACACAGUCAAUCUGACGUGUGUGAUUAAGUCUAAUGAAAGUGACUGGAAAUAUGAGUGGUAUAAAGGCCCAAACAACAGUGCAAUGUUACAGGCGUCUGAACAUUACACUCUAAACCGAGACACUCUUACUAUCAGAGGAGUGAAUGAGUCUGAUCAGGAUCAGUACUGGUGUAAAGGACAGAGAGAUGGAAGACCAUCAUCCUCACAGGAGAGUAAUCAAAUAAAUCUGUCUGUUAAUG